CAAAUACACACUUUGACAAUGAAGAAGAGCUCUACGUUAACGACGACGACGUCGAUGCCGACAAGUCCAACGCUUUCGGCACAGACGCUCUCCGCCAGCAAGAUGAGCUUGAGCAGCAGCAGAUCGGGAGCAGCCUCAGCCACAGGAUCGAUGCGCUCUUCCUGCCACUCGUCGCAUGGUCCUGUCCGACCGGGCAGCGGAUGCGUCGAUGCCAUCAAGGCGAAGCGUGAAGAGAUCGAGAUCGAUACCAUACUCGAGAAGGCAAAGUUCUACACCUCCGUGUGCCUUGGUACGACUGCCAUACUGUCAGUGUUCACAUUCCUUUUCCUGAUACCUUUUGUCGUGGAUCCCGCCAUCUCAACGAUCAUUGCCGACUAUGAUCCGGUGCCGGUGACUUGCGUCGUCAUAGAUCACAUCUAUGCCGAAGGCAUCAAGAACUGCAGCUGGAGCUCUUGUCGCGAGGGCUGCACCUCAUCACUCACAAAGUGCCAUCAGUUGUUUGUCAACUACACGCGCAUCCCGUUCAGCGAAUGGGAGCGCAAUCCAAGAGACUUGGAGCGCGUCAACUGGGAUGUCAGCUACACAAAGUUUCUCAUCAACUCCGAGGGCUGCGGCUAUCCGCCCACGACCAAUUGCAGCGUCUUUGCCAGACAAUAUGGCUUUUCACAUAUUGGCGAGCCAUUCCCCUGCUACUACAGUCGCGCCUAUCCGGAGGUGGUCAUCGGUCGCUACUCGUGGGAGAACAAUCUGUACCAUCUGGUGCUAUCGCUGAUCAUACCCAAUGUGCUCUUUGCCAUCUCGAUUGGGGUGCUCAGCUAUUGGUAUUGCCCCUGCUGCGAAAAGGCGUGCAACAAAUCGUCGCGCGUCUAUGCUGAAAAGUUUCCAACCAAGGAAGAGAUCGUUAACUGCAUGAAAUGUAAUACGGAAAAGUCGUUAUCCCUGAAUGUAUUUUGAAUUGUAUUGAAGCGACAGUGCCUGCAAAUUAUGCAUAUACUAUAUAAUACAGAAAGAUAUUCCUUAGCAUAGGUAUUCGAUGGGAUUACCAAGCUCUCUUCUUCUUCGACAUUUAUUAUUAAAGUCACAAUCAAAAAAUCGCUUAGUACUAAGUACAAAACUUUAUCUUGAGCACUUUUCACCACACUCUCCCAAAUAUAUAUAUUUGCCCGUUACUCAUGAAGUGUCCUUAGCAAACAAAAUAAAAAAUAAAUAAAAAACAUAAAAUGUCGUAAGCGAAAUUUCACGCCUUUAACCGAUUUCAGCUUAAAGCUGCCAUAUCGAUUAGAUUAAUCUAGUUAGAGCACAAGUCGGGAUCGAAAAUGACGAAACCCAUUUUGAAAUGUCCAAACAGACUUUUCAACAAGCACAAUCUGAUAUUAAUUAAUGCAUUCAAGAUUUGAUAAGCAAUUAUUUUUAAAGAUUAUUAACCUAACAAAACUUUAAUCUCUCUUUGGUAUAUAUAACAUAAAUAUAUACAACAUAUGAAAUUGUGCACUUGUCUGUGGGAUAAAACAACUCGUAUAUAAUUUUCACAUCACCAUCGCUCAGUUCAUUUUGUAGUUAAACCUAUUCUCAUCAACAAAGCUGCAAACUACAAAAACACAUAAAAUAAAAUAAAUAUUCAAAAAUUAGAGUUUGCAGCCUUGAUAUGUUAUAUACUAUAGAUUGAUUUAAUUAUCGAAAAUAUCUAGCAUGAUUCCGAGUUGUAUAGCUUUGAUUUUUGCAUGUUUUAGUUUAUAGAUAAUGUAUACAAAAUGAAUAUGUAUUACUACUACUUUUGCUUUUAGCCACGUCUAGAACAAUACCAAAUAAAAUAUGGCAUGUAUUUGUAUAUAAAACAUAUUCAAUAUAUUGUAUUACUUAUUGCUGCUUUCCUGUACUCGAUUAGUAAAGAUUCAAGAACUCUUUGUUCCAAUAUCAAUUCUUUUAGCAAACUUCUGUGUCACAGUGACGAAGAUGAUGAAAUGGAAUACUAGCAAAAACAAAUUAGUUAAACGCUCUUUAUAACAAAUAGCAAUUUACUACUGUAGUCUGUACCAAAUACACACACACACACACACAAUCACACCAACACAUAGCUUAAUAAUACUUAAUAUUAAUAUUUAAAAGCCAUCUGCCAUUACUAUAUAGGACAUUGUACUUAUAGCGGAGCAUUGAGAUUGACCAUUUUCCAAUCAAACGUAUACAAAAAUUUGUUACAACUAAUUCUAAUUAUUAUUAUUAUGAUUAUUAUUAUUACUUAUGACAUCAUUGAGAUUUUUGCUAUCCAUAUUAUUAUGCUACUAUACUUACUAUAAAUAUAUAGAACUACAUACAUAGAACUUGAGUUACCACGUAAAAAGCUUUUGUUCUUUAUGACUUUUGCUCGCUUUUAACAAUUAUACAAUACAAAAAAAAAAAAAAUGAGACACGAUUCGACUCGAUUCGA